CUACCACUAUAACUAGAUGGGCUUGCUUUUUUGAAGAAUUGUAUGUAAGCCAAACAGUUACCUCACGUCGGAGGUGGCUCAGUACUGAACCAGCAUGCAGGUCUGCAGUCUAGUCCACACCAAUGGGUUCAGUUACCCGUGCAGAGGUCCUGUCACUGUACCGGAAGAUUUUCAGGAUUGCACGUAGCUGGCAAGCUACCCUGCAGCAUGACACGGAGGCGGAGAAACGCUACAUUGUGCAGGAGGCACAAACACUGUUUCGGCAAAACCAGAAGCUAACAGAACAGGAGUCUAUCAAAAAGUGCAUAGAUGAAUGCAACGCAAGAAUAGAAAUUGGGCUUCACUACAGGAAUCCCUAUCCCAGACCAAUGUAUCUUCCUCCAAUGGGACUGGCUACCCAGAAAGGCAGGAAGCUGCGGGGUCAACAGAAGCUGAGGAAGCAAGCCAAACCAGUGUACUUACAGUCUCAGGAUGACACGUGACAUACAAACACACACACACACAUAUGCACACGCUAAUACGCACAAACAUGUACAGUAUAUACACAAUUAUAUGUCUUACUUGUCGUUCAAGUAGGCAGUUCAGUGGUCAAGCCAGGCAUGUUUGGUGUGGGUGAGAGCAGGACACCACCUAAUUAGAGCCUCAAAGUGUGCCAGUCAUUGUUUGACCUCCUGUCCUUUCCUGGUGUCAUGGCGCAACGCUCAAUGUCAUCAAUGAUCAAUGUUUUUAUUCAGUAUCUUGCGAAAACGCCGUUCAAAAGUCAUUCUGUCAUCUGCAAUCGGGAUAUUGCUUGAACAUUCGCUCUCUGCUGUUUGACAUUUUUUCCAUGGAGACAGGGCGACAUUGAGCCAAGAGAUCAGAGGCGAAGGGGAAAUAUGACAGGACAAACACUGACUUGCGCCCAUAGCUUCAUUCUCCAAAGCUAAGCCAUGCUACCCUACAAACGCAAAGUGCAGUAACUACACCAACAUUGAAACUGAGAAAAAUGGCUUCAGAGCCUUGGUAUUAGGUUGAAUAUUGUAGUCACUGCAAAUUUGGCGUAGCAACAUCUCUAAAAUGGGACAAAUCUGGACCAUAAGGCUUUGUCACAAAAUAAAAGAGGUGUAAUGAAGACCAUUUUCAGUCUAAACUCCAGUUUUAGAUAAUAUAGUUACUGCACUUGGCCUUUGUAGGGCAGCAUGGUACUCUGCUAUUUGUAGACUUGCCCCUUGCUCAGAUUUAAAGGGGUAUGCCACUAUUUUGGGGCUUAAUAUAGUGAAAAUCGUUGGCCGGGGUUUAUAAAGGUGGUAAAGUGUCUUCUUGUUCAUGUUAAGCGUUGUCUUGCUUUUAGACAAGUUAAAAGAGGGAGUAUGUAGCUAAGCUAGUGAAAGUCAAUGCAUCACUGUAGCAUGUAGCAUGCUACACGGAUCCAUU